AGGCGCUGGCUCCACGGGCGCGGCCCCCCCCGGACCCCGAAAUACACCCCGGAGAGGGUGGGCGCCGGGGCAGGGAACGUCCGUGCAGACAGGCUUCCAGGAAAUGGCGUUUGGAAAUUGGAAAUCCUUGCGCCGUAGAUGAACCUCCGCCCCCGCUUGACGCGCCGUGGAAAAAUUAACCAGAAAACAUGCCCCCCACUCCAUGGGACGCCCAAGGCCUGCACGUUCUGGGGGAGAAAGCGAGGGACAAGCUCUGUGGCCGGAUGCAGUGAGCUGGGCCCGAGGACGCGCCAGCCACCCCGAUACGCCACCCAACAUCUACGAGGGGGGGCUGGGGGCCCAGCAGCAGCAGUGCCCCAGCGCCCAGGGAAGCAAGCCCAAGAACUUCCGGCUGCGCCACCUCCGGGCCCUGGCCCUCUACCUGCCGGGACACAUGCGGCCCGCUGGUCAGUGCGAGAGCCACUGGCUGGGCCGCCUGAUGGCCGGGGGCUGCCUCCCCAGUCCUCAGGCCAUGGCCUGGCCCCUGGACCUGCCACGGGGGACUCUGGGCCCAGGUAACAGCCACUGCUCCACCCUUCUGGAAGCUCAACUGCCCAGGGGCAGCCUGGGAAAUACAGCUUCCAGUUCCAGUGUGGACGCAGCCAAGGGUGCCCCUCCCCCGCCCCACACAGCCGAAGGCUUGGGGCUCAGGCCCAAGAGGUCCUGGCGGCCUUCAGAGGAGCCCCCGUGUCCUUUGUGCAAGAGAACCCGCUCGGGGGCCCUGGAGAGGCCAUAGGGAUCCCCUGCCAGGGCUGUUCUCCCGGCUGGACGGGAGGGGCAGGAUGCCAGGGAUGCCCUCGAGGGGGGCGGGCCCACAGGAAGGGCUCUGCCAGGCUGUGAUCCCAGCUGGAGCCUCCGGCCUGUCGCCGGCACGGAAUCUGGGUGGGGGGCGGGAGGCGGUCCCGGGAAGGACAGAGAAACAGCAGCCGGGGUGCCCUUGCAGCCUGCUCCAUCCCCAGGCAGCCACUGGAGCCCGGGAGGCCGGGCUGAGCGGAGAGUAGCUCCCGAGAGGCCGAGAGGCCGGGGAGCCGCGGGUCUAACCUCAAUAAAAGCCAA